AUCGAUAGCGCCACGGAAUUUUAUCCACCUCUAUUGUUUUGUUUAUAUUAAAUUUACAAUUUUAUGAAAUAACAAAAGAAUAACAAUAAUACAUAUAUGCACGACUUACAAAUCGUAGCACAUCAUAGAGGGCUUAUCAAAAGUUUAUGUUUAGCUAAAUCCAAAUCAUGUCGUUGCCGGCUAAAAUUACAUUGGGAGUAGCAAUUGGUAUUUCUAGCGCCAUUAUAGGUUAUGUUCAUUAUAAACAGUCCGAGGACCGACUAAAGCUACACCAAGGUGUAAUACGCGAUGUGGAACAGCAGCAACGACGCAAACAUGAAAACAGAUAUACACUGCAACAGCAGAUUGACAUAACAAAGCAGCUGAAAGCGAUGGAAUCCAAGACAGAGGAUGGUCCCAAGAAACCCGAAAAACUUGACUCGAUUGUUGUACAGCCCCCAGAAUAAGAAUAAAGUUAUUUAUCAUUCAUAUAGUUGAAUGUAAAUUUUAGUAUUAGAGGUGUAAGCCAAUUAAUGAAAGAAAAUUAAUAUUUAAUGACUGCCUUUUUUAAGAUUGUUAAAGAUAUAGAAGAGAGCGCUGUUUAUAUAAAGUUAAUGCCUUAGUAUCAGCAAAAAUGUAUCUUUAAAUUCAGGUAACGCAACCAACAGAUGCAACAGUUUGCAAGGUUAAAUGUUCAUUGCAGGUGAACUUUCUGAACUGUUUCUUCCAUAUAUACAGCUGAUAUAAAGUCCAUUACAAAAGUUAAAAAUUACAAGAAAUUAAUAAUCAAAAGAAAGCAAAAGUUUUACAGUUGCAAAACAUUUGACUGUUUGGUCACACUUAAUUUUAAGGUAUCUUUCAAUCGAGUAUCUAUUGCUUUCGAAGUUGUAUCUUUUAGGUGUAAAUCUGUAUAAUUAUUACUCAAUUUUAUUAUUACGAAUGUGUGUAUAAGUAAUUACAAUUCUAAUGGGCGCUCGAUAAAGUAACUCACAUAGUGUAUUUUUUCGGGUGGUUUGUACAAUACAAAUAUAUGAUGUGGUGUGGAGGACACCCCUUCUUUCUUUCUCUAAAUCAUAUAAUAUAUAUAUAAAAACAAAA